AUGGCGGCCGGCAGGGCGUCCUUGGUGGCGCUUGGGCUUCAGUUUCAUGUGAAAAAUAAGCUGCUGUCAAAGUCAGUUUUUCUUAAAAUUACCAACUGUAUUAGAAGAGGGUUUGCUGCAGGUGUGGUGUCUCAGCCCAUUGAAGAGCCCAAUUCAACAACUUUUCCAAACAUCAAUUACAGUGGACCUCUGGAACAUUACAACAGUUUAAUACGAGAUGGAGUUUUGCGAGAAGAUCUGCAGCAAAAGGCUGUUUUGGAAAAACUGGAUCAGAUGCAAAAGGAUCUUCGAGGAUACAGCAACGAUCACUUGAACUUAUUUUCAAAGUUCUUCUCCAGACAAAAGCCACCAAAGGGUUACUACAUAUAUGGUGAUGUCGGUACGGGGAAAACAAUGGUUAUGGAUAUGUUUUACGAUCAUGUAGAGACAACAAAGAAAAAAAGAGUUCAUUUUCACGGUUUUAUGUUGGAUGUACAUAAACGAAUUCAUCGGCUCAAGCAGAGUCUACCCAAGAGAAAAGUGGGUAAAAUGGCAAAGGCGUAUGAUCCUAUAGCACCGGUUGCUGAAGAAAUCAGUGAGGAGGCUUGUCUGCUGUGCUUUGAUGAGUUUCAGGUCACUGAUAUCGCGGAUGCCAUGAUUCUGAAGCAGCUUUUUGAGAAUCUCUUUCUGAAUGGGGUCAUAGUGGUUGCCACAUCCAAUCGGCCUCCAGAUGAUCUGUACAAAAACGGAUUACAGAGGGCAAACUUUGUGCCAUUCAUAGCUGUGCUAAAGCAUUACUGCCACACGCUGCGUCUGGAUUCUGGAAUAGAUUACCGGAAAAGAAAUCGCCCUGCAGCGGGAAAACUCUUCUACCUCUCCAGUGAGCCGGAUGUUAAUGCAACGCUCGAUAAACUCUUUGAUGAACUGGCCUUCAAGCAGAAUGACAUUACUCGGCCCAGAUCUCUGAAGGUUAAUGGUCGGACGCUGACACUUAACAAGGCUUGUGGGACCAUAGCAGACUGCACCUUUGAGGAGCUCUGUGACCGGCCUGUCGGAGCCAGUGACUACCUGGAGAUCUCCUCUGUGUUUGACACCGUGUUUAUUCGCAACAUUCCUCUGCUCACGUUGAAUAAGAAGACACAGGCCAGACGCUUUAUAACUCUUAUCGAUGCACUCUAUGAGCACAAGGUUCGAGUGGUGCUGCAUGCAGAGACGGUGUUAGAAGAGCUGUUUGUUCAUAAUGGCCAUCACAACGAUCAUCAUGACACGCAUGUGUUGUUGGAUGAUUUAGGCAUUUCAAGGGAUGCAGGCAGCUCGCUGGCCAUCUUCACGGGUGAGGAGGAGGUGUUUGCCUUCCAGAGAACAGUGUCUCGCCUUACUGAGAUGCAGUCGGAGGAGUACUGGCUUGCGGGGGAUAGGAGCUCUAAGUAGCUUUUAUCAUUUGACACUCAGUGUGAAGUAGCCAUCUCAACUAUCAUGAGGUCUCGGGAUCAACUGCAUUUGAUUUGGUUCAUACUGUAUUUUUUAACCAGGACUGUAUGCAAUACUGAUGCACUUUAUUUAAACGCACAUGCAAAUAAGGAAACAAACUAAUGUCUGUACUGAGGUUUGCUCUCGGGAAAUAAGACAAGGUUAAUGGAAGAGUCCAGGGCCCGGUUGCAUAAAGCACCUUAAGUGUAAUUUUCCCUUAAUUUCACCCUUAUGUUUCCCUUAAAAUUAAGGGUGUUGCAGAAAAACCCUUACGUUUUUUCUGUUGCGUCUCCAUGGCAACAAUAGUAUUUUAUAACAACAAACCGGGGUCACUGUCAUGAAACACUUUACGAUUACCUUUACCUAAGAGAACCAUUUAAGGGAUUAUAUGCAAAACAUUUGCACUUAAGGGAAAAACUUAAGGUGCUUUAUGCACCCGGGCCCAGGUCUGCCAAAGAUAUAUUUUAAACUGAGGCCUUUUUAAUAUUUUUAAAAAACUGUAUUAUUUUAUUGACAUCCAUACAAUGGUUAAACUGUUGACAGAAUGAAAAAUAUUUAAAAAAUAAUGUUUGUGUAUUUUUUUUUCUUCAAAUUUAAGAUGUCUGGUUAUUAUGUUGGUUGUUUUAUCUUGUCUAUGUCUUGUUCUCUGAUGUGUAACAUGAGAUUAUUUAUAUUAAGCUUUAUUUGAAGGGAACGUGGUUAGAUCUUUGCGAAUGAGAGCGAGAGAGGAUUAUUUAUUAGUUAUGUUUAAGGUAAGCAUAACUACUACAGUACUGAAGCAAUUAUCCUUUAAAUUGUGUGAUCUCUUGAGAAGUAUGCUAAUACUUUAUACAUAAAAUAUUUUGUAUUUAGCUACACAGUAAGCUGCUGGAAAUUGCUAAUUUAAUUUACAAAUAAUCAAACAGCCCUGUAAUUUCUGAAGUUAUAUUGGUGGUGCACUGCAUUGUGUUAGCAAUGCAAAAGUCAUGGGGUUCAAUCCUAGGAUCCCAAAGAUACUGAAAAAAAAUGUAUUGAUUAAAUGCACUGUAAGUUGGUUUGGAUAAAAGCUUCCAAACAAAUGCAUAAAUGUAAAAUGUCUUAAUUUUGUAUGCAAAAUAUAAUUAUUAUUAAUG